AUGAGACUUCUACAAUUUCAGGAAGCAAAUGAUUAUCUUAUUAAUAAUAAAUACUCAAAAUUUCUUUUAAGAGUUGGUGAAGGCUGUGAAACAUUCGAUGGCUCCAGGGAUAAAAUAAAAAUUCCUCAAGAUUGUUGUAUAGCUUCCAAUGAUAUCGAGGAUCUUAUUGCUUUUGUUUACGAUAUAGACAAAGACAAUUCAUCAUUUAACCGAACAUCAUUUGCUCAAAAUGCAAUCCUGACCCCUAAAAACGUAGAUGUCGAUUCUAUAAAUAUUAAAUUGAUUAACAAAAUUCCGGGAGAUUUAAUUACAUACAUAAGUGCUGAUAAAACGAUAACCGAGGAUGAAGCGACGUUUUAUCCCACUGAAUUUUUAAACUCUUUAAGUAUAUCAGGAUUACCACCUCACAAACUUUUACUCAAAGUCGGGGUACCUAUAAUAUUAAUGCAUAACUUAAAUUCUGCUUCUGGUUUGAAUAAUGGGACUAAAUUGAUUAUAACUUCUUUGCUACCAAAUAUAAUUGAGGCGGAAUUUGUUUCUGGUAGUUUUCUCAGUACUAAAGUUCUCAUUCCUAUAAUAAAUUUAAUUCCUACAGAUUCUGGCUUGCCAUUUUCCUUUAAGCGCCGCCAAUUUCCCGUGAGACCUGCUGACAAUUAA